GAGCCGACGCAAUCGCAACCACUGCACUUCACACACGACCACGUACAAACACCUUCCUCUCCUUCGAAGCCGAUCAAUCGCUCGUGCUCAGUCUUCACUUCUUCCUCAGGCCCGUUAAUCGUCAAGAUGUCCUCGCCCCGCUCCUCCUCCCCCGUCAACUCCCCCGGCGCACCUUCCGCGCGUCCCAGCUCCCCAACACCCCCCGGCGGACCCAAGACCGCGAUCCGUCGGCGCGCAGCAGCCGACCAGAAAGACAAGCUUGCCAAUGCUCGUCCGUCAUCUACGAGAGCGGCGGGCGCGGGAGGAAGCAGCAGCACGAUGUUGAGGCUGUAUACGGACGAGAGCCCGGGACUUAAGGUUGAUCCGGUAGUUGUGCUUGUACUGAGCUUGGUGUUUAUUUUCAGUGUUGUGGCGUUGCAUAUCAUUGCGAAGAUUACGAGGAAGUUUUCGAGCUAGAUGUGCUGCGUCCAGAAGGUAGUUGGGCAAAUGGAGAGAGGUAGAAGUGGAAAUAUUUGAAGAGUGGAGAGUUGCAGGUUGAGUGUGGGAUACGGACGGGGAAGAAAAGGAGCAUAAAAUGAGCGCUGGGUUUCUUGGGUGCCGGACAGCUUGCUUUACGGCGGUAAGUGGGCGGCUUCUGUGCUUGUAUUAUAGGCGGCUAGUAGGGAAGGGAAUUGCUGCACUUGGCAUUCGUGGUUUGGUUUGCUGCUUCUGUAAAGUGAGUGAGUGCAGUGAGUUGUUGGGAAGAGAAGACUGUGAGGUGAGAGGGGAGCUUCAAGCGAAGAGUAUCAAAAUUUCUGCGCAACAGUGGGCUCAGGGUUCUACACGGUGGAAGGAGUUUCGAGUUUGUGCCAAAUCCCU